UGAUAGAGCUCAAUUUAUUUAUUUUGUAUUUUGCGUGAAUGAAUAGGUUUUAGAUAAUCACUUAUCCAUAAAUACACACACACACACACAUAUAUAUAUAUAAUUUUUUUUUGACUAAAAACACAUAUAUUUCUAUUUUGGUGCGAUUGUAGUAGAGCAGUUUUCAAGUUUCGAAAAAUUUGAUAAUUGUCCCGAAAAAGAUAUAGACGGAGUUUCCUGAGCUGUGUAGAAAUACUGAAAUAGAAUAGAUGAAGAAGAAGAUGAUGAUGCAAGCGUAAUUAGCGCGCCACGCAUGACAGCUCCAUCCACUAUUAUUAAACCUUAACUUUCCCCCACUUUACUCUGCCUCUCUCUUACUCUCUCUCUCUAAACCCCACUAGAUGGAGCCCCAGCCUCCGCCACCCCCCACCGCCGCGGCCACCUCUCCGCGGCCCCCUCUCGCGCCCCCCAAAAUUCGCCUAAUGUGCAGCUACGGCGGCCACAUAGUCCCCCGCUCCCACGACAAGUCCCUCUACUACGCCGGCGGCGAGACCCGCAUCGUCUCCGUCGACCGCCGCUCCACCGCCGCCUCGCUCCCCGUCCUCUCCGCGCACCUCUCCCGCACGCUCUUCGGCAACCGCCCCUUCCUCCUCAAGUACCAGCUCCCCGACGAGGACCUCGAUUCCCUAAUCUCCGUCAUCUCCGACGAGGAUCUCGCCAACAUGCUCGAGGAGCACGAUCGGAUCACUCCGCCCGCGCGCAUCAGGUUGUUCCUCUUCGCCGUCAAGCCGGAGUCCGUCGGCUCCGCGCUGCUGGGCCCCAAGUCGGACUCGUGGUUCUGCGACGCGCUCAAGAGUACGGGGAUUUUGCACAAGGGGCAGUCGGCGGAUUGUGGGCUGCUGAUGGGCAUUGGGCCGGAUUUGGAACCUCUGGUUGAGAGCGCCGGCGCAGGGGAGAGUAAAAUGGGGGCGGAAUCUUUGGUUUUGGAGACGAAUUCGUCGUUUGGGUCUACUGGUUCGUCGUUUUCGAUGUCGAAUUCUCCGCCGAUUGCGAUUGCUAAUUGCGACGAAAAGGGUUUGAAUUUGCUUGACCGGAAGAAUAGGGUACCGUCUUCAGCCUCUUUUGAGAGUGAUUAUAGUGUUGGAAGUUCAGCUGCCCCUCCAAAAACUGGAGUCUCCCAAGAGCCGCUGAUUCAGGUUGGUCCGGAGGAAUCACUAGACACUCCUGUUUCCGACUCUUCUUUUGAUAUGACGGGGCAAAAAACAGUUCAAGUUCUACGAUAUCCUUUACCUCAGCUGCCGGAUGGAAUGAAGCAACAGCAUGAUACACCCUUAAUUCAAGGAGGCCUGCAGUAUAUGCCUCAAUAUGCAGGUCCAGUGCCAAUCUCUCCUUACUAUCCUGUAUAUCAAAUGCCAAUGCACCCACAGCAUAUAUCUUGUCAACCUAAUCAACCGUACCCAAUAUAUUUGGUGCCUGUGAGGCCAACUCAGUACCAAAACAUUCCAAUGCCAUGUAGCUCCAUUGAUGCAAAUACAACUAGUCUUUCUAGCCGACCACCCUUGCAUCCACAGACUGCAGUUAUUCCUCAACCCGUGGCCCAUAAAGAAGUAUUUGGAGCACAAAUAGCUGAGUCAGCCACACAAGUUUACUGCACUAUUCCUGCUUCAACACAACUAGUUAAUAUACCCUCUAAUCAAGGCCAACUAGUUGUAGGGCCUCUAGAGCACCAGAUUGCCUCAGAACCAGUUAAACCUAUUUCGGUAGUCUCUGCUAUUGAAGGCAGUGAAUUUGAUGAAGAAAUUGCAUACAACCAAAUAUACAAAUCUCAGCCUUCGGCCCCUAUAUUGACUUCUCAUUACAAGGCAAUGACUAAGGGAACGACAACGUUUCCAGAGCCUUCAGUCCAUGCCAAGUAAUAGGCAGUGUUGCGUCCUCAGUAGUGCUGCUAAAUGAGAGGAAUACUCUAUCAGGUGUUCUUUUCUCUGCCUCUCUCACCCCUGUUAACAUUCUGUCGGCUUGAAGUUAAAGAUCAUCGUGGUUGAAUAAUUCCACAUGUUGCCCCUUCAUGGAGGAUGGUCGUGAUUUUUGAAGAUUGUUUACUAGAGCAUACAACAUAGUUAUUUCUUUGUAUUGAAAAGUUUGCUUUGAUGAGAUAUGUAGCUACUCAAGGUGUAGAAGUUAACUGAAUACUAUACACAAUUUGUUCAUUUGUUUGUAUUUUAUUCAAUAUUUGUUCCACCGCAUUACCUGUUUCUUUUUACUUUUUGAUUAUGAUGUGCCAAUUAGAGGAGAACAUUUCAUCCUGUAAGAGAUAUUAUUAUUAUUAUUAUUACAUGCUGAAAGCUGCCAAUUUUGAUUC